AUGGAGGCGGACAACAGCACUGUGAAGAUGCAGUUCUUUCUCUUGGGAUUCAGUGACCGUCCAGAACUUCUGUUUGUUGUGUUUUUGUCCAUUUACUCUGUUACGCUAAUGGGGAAUCUUGGGAUGAUCUUAUUGAUCACAACCAGUCCUCCCUUGCACACCCCUAUGUACUUUUUUCUCCGCAUCUUGUCUUUCAUAGAUGCCUGCUACUCUUCCGUCAUUGCUCCCAAGUUACUUGUGGACUUGGUUUCCGAUAAGAAAACAAUUUCUUAUAAUGGCUGUGCUGCACAGCUGUACUUUUUCUGCUGUUUGGUUGACACAGAAUCUUUCCUCUUGGCAGUCAUGGCUUAUGACAGGUACAUAGCCAUCUGCAACCCACUGCUUUACACUGUUAUUAUGUCCAAGAGGAUUUGCUGCCAGCUUGCAAUUGGAGCAUUUAUGGGGGGCACCAUGAGCUCAAUCAUUCACACCGCUAACAUAUUUCACCUGACUUUCUGCUACAAUGAAGUUAACCAUUUCUUUUGUGAUACAUCCCCACUCUUAUCUCUGUCCUGCACUGAUACUUACAUCCAUGACAUUGUUCUGGUGGUCUUUGCUAGUCUGGUGGAAGCUCUCUGCCUUCCAACAGUUCUUAUCUCUUAUGUCUACAUCAUAGCAGCUAUUCUUAAAAUAGGUUCUGCCGAGGGAAGAAGAAAAGGAUUCUCCACCUGUGCUUCCCAUCUGACCGUGGUCUCUAUCUAUCAUGGUACCCUGAUCUUCAUUUAUUUGCGUCCCAGUACUGGCCAUUCACUGGAUAUUGACAAAGUGAUCUCUGUGUUCUAUACAUUAAUUAUACCUAUGUUGAACCCCUUAUUUUAUAGUCUAAGGAACAAAGAUGUAAAAAAUGCCUUUAGGAAAAUGAUUAGCAGGAAAUUGCCUUCUUAA